AUGAGAAACAAACUGUGCCUCCAGAGCAUUUCCUUCUUCCUCUUAUUCCAGUACAUUACAUGUUGUGAAAACCUCACUUGUUUUGUGGACUAUGUGCAGACCCUGUCCUGUAUCCUGAGCAAUGACUUGGGUGCUGGUUCCUAUCACCUCACUGCAACAUGGUUUUCUGAGGAAGAUCCAAAAAAUACUGUGGCUGCCUGCAGUCUGCUGCAGUUGCCCAGGAACACCAGUCACAAACAGUACACAUGCACUGUGGACAUGACUGUACUCCUGGCAGAUAUCAAAGUCCAGGUGGAUGUUACAGAGAUGGUUGGCAAGCAGCACCUGAUUUCCAAAAGCUUUUAUAUGGCAGAGAACAUCAAACCACAGCCCCCGUUCAACCUGACUGCUGUGUUCUCAGAAGGUUACAAUAUUUCUUGGGAAACCAUCUACCAGAACUCUCAUUACUAUUUUUUGAAUGAGGAGCUGGAAUAUCAGCUACGUUAUAAGAGGAGGACUGACACCUGGGAGAAUCAGAAGACUAAAGCUGUCCAUGAAGAUAAACGGACACUGGUGAUCCUGCCAUGGGAACUCCAGGUGAACACCGAGUAUGAGUUCCAAGUGAGAGCCAGACCACGAAAAGGCACUGGAUUCCUUGGAUUUUGGAGUGAAUGGAGUCCUCUGCUGAAACUGAAAACCAGCCCUGCCGCAGUGACACAGGCAUCAGGCAUGGAAUGGCUGGUGGUGUUUGGCGGGGUCGUGGCAGUCACUGUCUCAAUCACAACCUUUCUGGCCAAACAGAGAAGCUUGUGGAAGAAGAUGGCUUGCAUCAUCCCAGACCCUGCUCACUUUUUCAAACCUCUUUACCUGGUGCAUAAUGGAGAUUUCAAGAAGUGGGUUGGUGCAUCCCAUACGAAAAUGACCCUCGAUUUCUUUGAAUGGGGAAUAGUCCUUCCAGAAGUCCUAGAAGUUUACACCACACGUUCUUCCAACAGCACCUCACAGGAGGAGCUGUGUGAGCUGAGAAAAGAUCUGCCUUGCAAGCCCUGCGUGUCUUGCCUGACCACCCUAGGUCAGGACAGCCAGUCCCUGCUGUCUGCAGUGAGCAGCAGCACUGGGACCCAGGACCAGUCAUAUGGGCAUUUGUCCAUCGAUACGGUGACUGUGGCUGAUGAAUUUACACCUUGUAACUGCCACUGCAACUGUAACAGCGUAUACAGGGGACACCAGCAUACCAGCCAGGGGGGUAGCAGUGCUGGAGAAACCGGUUACCCCAAGAUUAACAUUGAUGAUGAAGACAGAAGGAUACCCAGUGACUUGCAUCUGGCUGACCUGAGCACACAGGACAAAAUACUUGCCUCAGGUUCUGUGUCCACAGGCCACAUGAGGAGUACAAGUGUCCCAGCCCACCAGCAAGUAGAAAAGGCUCUGGAAGGAAGGGUGGGGAGCAUCCUAGAAGCCCUUUGCUUGCAGCCUGAUCAGUGGGAUUUGGAAAAUCCAACUUCUCUACCUUCUCCUGAUGGUGAAAGCGUUUCCUGCAGUGAAGGCUCUUAUGACUUCUUUUCUCACACAGCAAAGCCUGGGGACAGUUACCCUAUGAUUUGCGUAGAUUUGGACACUAUUGACAGUGGCUUUGUGGACUCAGACUGUGGGAGUCCUGUUGACUGUGAAUUUGAGCAAAACAGUCAGAACAGCUGUGGGUCCAUCCCUCUUCAGCCACAAGGGGAGGACUUUCCACGCAGCUACGUCAAGCAGUGGGUCUCCUGUCAGUCUGAUGGCCCUGUCAAUGGGACGCAGACAAACUAA